CGCUGUUGGGCUGAACUUGUGAAAUACCCGGAAGAAAUGUUAGCUGCAGCCUUGAAGAUUGAGAAGCGUUGCUGUUUUUAUUGUUAAAACUGAGAGGAGGCGAUUUUCUGUUAGUGAAAAUGUUCAGUAAGUCUACAGGUUUCGGCUAUGAAUCAAUUCCGCAGAGAGACCCUGGCAGUACUCCGGGCCUGUACGCGACCCCGUUUACCUUCGGACAGUCUCAGUUCAGCAGCGGUCACUCCUUUGACUACGUGCCUGAAAUAAAAGACAACGACUUUACUGACAAAACUCAAGGAUUGCUAUCAUGGAUAUGCAACUUGAUUGUCACAUUCCUGGUUUUUCUUUGCACUCUCAUCACAUUUCCUAUCUCAGCGUGGUUCGUUUUAAAAACAGUGCCCAACUAUCAGAGAAUCGUUGUGUUCCGGCUGGGUCGCAUCAGACCUCCUAAGGGUCCAGGAGUGGUGCUAGUGCUUCCGUUGAUUGACCAGUGGCAGAGAGUGGACCUGAGAACCAGGGCCUUCAACAUACCACCAUGCAGGGUGACCACUAAAGAUGGUGGACUGGUGUCGGUAGGAGCAGACAUCCAGUUCCGGAUCUGGAAUCCAGUGAUGUCCGUGGUGGCGGUGCAGGAUCUGAAUGCCUCCACACGCCUCACUGCGCUGAACGCCAUGACCCAGAGCCUGGGCAAAAGGACUGUGAGAGAGAUACAAACAGAAAGAGUUAAGCUAGGUGAACAUCUUGGGAUGGACAUAAAUGAGUUGACAAAGCUGUGGGGACUGGAGGUGGACAGAGUGGAGCUGACCCUGGAAAGUGUGCUCCAGGCUCCAGAGAACCCUCAGGCUGGGCCCCUUAUCAUGCCUCAAUCUGUCCCUGGCCUGGAAGGUCUCACAGGACCAAUACAGCAGCUUGCCAUGUGUUUUCUGGGUCAAAGCACACAAACAUCCCAGCCUGUUAAUGACACAGUGAACUUCACCGAUGAGCUGAGCAUGGAGGCCCCAGUAGCUACAGCCAGCAACAGAGCGGAGGAGCUGCUGGCAGCAGUGAGUCUGGUGCUGUCUGAAAGUUUGGUUAAGCAGGUGGGAGCCUGCUUCCAGUUUUACAUCAGCACUAGUAGUGGUGAAAUCAGCAGCUACUACGUGGACCUGACUCAAAACAGUGGAGCAUGUGGUGUGGGUGAAGCAAGGCAAUCAGACGUCUCUCUGAGUAUGAGCGAGCAGGACUUGAUGGCCAUGUUCCAGGGAAGCCUCCAGCCAUUUGCUGCAUACAGCUGUGGUAGACUGAGAGUACAGGGAGACGUGCACACAGCCAUGAAGCUAGAGACCCUUCUUAAACUCCUUAAGCCUCAUUGAGGCCAGUUGUUAGUAGUGCACAUGCCUCAUAUGUGCUGCCUUUGCAUUCGUGUCAGCAAGUCGGUUCUCUUUCCGUAGGUUGCAGUACUAUAUUAACGCUGUUUGAAAUAGGAACUUUUUAGUUAUUUAAAAGACAAAAAUGUAAUUGGCCUACCAUUAAAAAGGCUGUGAAUGUGAUUUCCUGAAUAAAUUACUGCCCUUCAGGAUAGAUGUUAGAACAAACAACAUGCUUGAAAAAUAGGUUCUACUUUGGAAAUGUGAAAGGAGUGUAACAUGUCACCAUUUGCUGUGCAGAACAGAAUAUAUUUCCACAUUAUAUUUGCAAUAGAAUAUAUAUAAACUUUAUUGUGAAGUGGUAAAUGAAUACAGAACAGUUUUUACUAGAUUAUUUAUUUGUAACUCGUAAUAUUGUCUUCCCUUUUGUGAGUAAACCGGUCAUGUUAUUUAAAGAUUGUUUGAAGGAAUUUAGUAUUUUUUGUUGUUGUAAAGUUUGUACACACAUAAUUGAAAUAUAUUUUUGACAGAAAUCCUCAGCUUAGUCAUGUUUAUAUAUGUUCUUUGUUUAAUAUAAAACUUUAAAAUAGAGUUUGCUUUGCCAACCGUC